AUGCAGUUCCAGUCUGGCAACUGUGCCAAAACGUUGGCAAAAGUAGAUGGAUCUGGUGCAAAAGAUUUUUCAGUCGACCGAAGCACAUUUGGUUUUCCACAAGAUGCUAAUCAGGAAUAUUUUAACCGGGCUUGCCAGUACAGUUAUCCAGUUUCAACGCAAGGCUUUCAAGAUAAAGGAUUUGUACCAAGCGUUCCAGAUUUUGUUCUGAAUAAUGCUUCUGCUGCACUCAGGGAAUAUCAACAAUUUGACCACUUUUUCAGACCACUUCAGCCUCUAGCACCGGAUGGAAACCAGGUGCAAAAUAUUGGCAUAAAUACCGCACAUCGCAGUAGACCUUCUAAUGCAUCCUCCUGCCUUGAUCAUGUAGAAGAAAUAACUUCUCAUGACACGGACGGUUAUGACGACAGAGCUAUCUCAUUUGGGAGUAGCUGCAGCACAGGAAUUGCGUGUUAUCCAUAUAGCAGCCCUAUGCAAAGCGAUGACUGCAUUGCAGACACGCAGGAUGGGACCUGGGCUGCUCUUAUGCAAAUGCAACAGGCUUUGGAGGCGGCUAAUGAAGAGUGCAGUGACUUGACUUUCAAUAACACAGAACUUUCAGGUGGGAAUACCAUGCAGCAUCAAAUUGUUUGGGACAAUGGCUGUUUAGCAAGUCCGUCUUUCACCUCAAACUUUUUACCCUUCCCUGGAGAGGCUGAAACCACGGUCACAAAUACCAGCGCUAUGUAUAACUUACAUAACUCUGCUGAUCUCCUGUAUGAUAAUGAUCAAGACAUAUCAUCUUUUGAGCUCAAAGUGAAUGAACAGAAAGAAGCAACCACAAGCCAUGUUUGUGAACAUCGAGGUGAAAUGCAUUCUGCUGAACAGGGGGGAUAUCCUGGCCACGACGAAUCUUUUGAUUUGACAAUAAGCCAGGACAGACAGUUCAGUUCAUUUGUUAAUGGUGCAGAUGGAUCUGUAGAUAGUGAAAUGAACCUUUAUGAUUGUGAAGAGCAAAUGGAAAUUGAUUCACUCCUAAAUUCAUUUGGAGCAUCAAGUGGUACCUUUGCACAGACAUAUGAAAUGUUACAGAAAGGUGAAAAUAUUGUUGACCUUGAAAAAAAGGCUAAAUUAGCGGAAAGCAUUUCUGCUACAUUCAUCACUAAUACUGUCCCAUAUAUUACACAAGCUGGGGCGACUGAGUCAACUGUCUCUGAUGGAUCUUCUUGGACUCAACAAUAUCAAUCUACUUCCCAGUCAUGUGGUUUAUCUUAUUCUUCAGCUUCUCAAUGGGAAACCAUGCCAGGCGUGGAUGGUCAAAGGAGCCACCUAUACCGCGACGAAGCACUGGCAACCCAAGGUGUAUGGGCGGCACAUCCUGGUACGAUGGUACACUCUUCAACUGAUACUGGAUAUUCAGAUGUACAGCCGCCCAUGACACAGACUACUACUGUUCCGCUGCCUGCUCCGAGCUUGUCCAAGGGCCCCAACUCAUUAUUUACUGGAACAGAGCUUAACAAGGUUGACCUACAUGAUACAGGUAUGCAGAUGCCUUUGACACAGACUACUGUUCAGCUGCCUGCUCCGUGCUUGUCCAAGGACCCCAACUCAUCAUUUAUUGGAGCAGAGGUUCAGAAGGUUGACCAAAAUCAUUCAGAUACGGAGCUUCCCUUGACACAGACUAGUCAUGUUCAGCUGCCUGCUAUGAACUUGUCCGAGUACCCGACCUCGUCAUUUGUUGGAGGAACAAAGCUUAAAAAAGUUGACAAACAUGAUUCAUAUAUGCAGCUUCCCAUGACACAUGCUAGUCAUGUUCCGCUGCCUGCUACGAGCUUAUCCGAGGAUCCGAAAUCAUCAUUUAUUGGAGGAACAGAGCUUAAGGAAGUUGACAAACAUGAUUCAGACAUGCAGCUUCCCAGGAUACAGGCUAGUCAUGUUCCGCUGCCUGCUGUGAGCUUGUCCGAGGAACCGAACUCAUCCUUUAUUGGAGGCACAGAGCUUAAGGAAGUUCGUAAACAUGAUUCAGAUAUGCCGCUUCCCAUGACACGGGCUAGUCAUGUUCCGCUGCCUGCUGUGAGCUUAUCUGAGGACACGAAAUCAUCAUUUAUCGCAGGAGCAGAGCUUAAGGAAGUUGACAAACAUGAUUCAGAUACACCGCUUCCCAUGGCACAGGCUAGUCAUGUUCCGCUGCCUACCAUGAGCUUACAUGAGGACACGAAAUCGUCAUUUAUUGGAGGAACAGAGCUUAAGGAAGUUGACAGACAUGAUUCAGAUAUGCAGCAUCCCAUGACACCGGCUAGUCAUGUUCUGCUGCCUGCUGUGAGCAUGUCCAUGGAUCCAGAAUCAUCAUUUACUGGAGGUACAGAGCUUAAGGAAGUUGGCAAACAUGAUUCAGAUAUGCAGCUUCCCAUGACGCAGACUGUUCAUGUUCAGCUGCCUACUCCGAGCUUGUCCAAGGACUCCGAGUCGUCGUUUGUUGGAGGUACAGAGCUUAAGGAAGUCGACAAACAUGAUUCAGAUAUGCAGCCUCCCAUGACGCAGGCUAGUCAUGUUCUGCUGCCUGCUGUGAGCUUGUCCGAGGACCCGAACUCAUCCUUUAUUGGAGGUACAGAACUUAAGGAAGUCGGCAAACAUGAUUCAGAUAUUCAGCUUCCCAUGACACAGACUGUUUGUGUUCAGCUGCCUGCUAUGAACUUAUCCGAGGAUCCGAAAUCAUCAUUUAUCAAAGGAACAGAGCUUAAGGAAGUUGGCAAACAUGAUUCAGAUAUACCGCUUCCCGUGGCACAGGCUAGUGAUGUUCCCCUGCCUACCAUGAGCUUACCCGAGGACACGAAAUCAUCAUUUAUUGGAGGAACAGAACUUAAGGAAGUUGACAAACAUGAUUCAGAUAUGCAGCCUCCCAUAACACUGGCUAGUCAUGUUCCACUGCCUGCUGUGAGCUUGUCCGAGGACCCAAAAUCAUCAUUUUCUGGAGGUACAGACCUUAAGGAAGUUGGCAAACAUGAUUCAGAUAUGCAGCUUCACAUGACGCAGACUGUUCGUGUUCAGCUGCAUGCUCCGAGCUUGUCCAAGGACUCUGAGUCGUCAUUUGUUGGAGGAACAGAGCUUAAGGAAGUCGACAAACAUGAUUCAGAUAUGCAGCCUCCCAUAACGCAGGCUAGUCAUGUUCCGUUGCCUGCUGUGAGCUUGUCCAAGGACCCGACCUCAUCCUUUAUUGGAGGUACAGUGCUUAAGGAAGUUGGCAAACAUGAUUCAGAUAUUCAGCUUCCCAUGACACAGACUGUUCGUGUUCAGCUGCCUGCUAUGAGCUUAUCCGAGGAUCCGAAAUCAUCAUUUAUCAGAGGAACAGAGCUUAAAGAAGUUGACAAACAUGAUUCAGAUAUACCGCUUCCCAUGGCACAUGCUAGUCAUGUUCCGCUGCCUACCGUGAGCUUACCCGAGGACAUGAAAUCGUCGUCUAUUGGAGGAACCGAGCUUAAGGAAGUUGACAAACACGAUUCAGAUAUGCAGCCUCCCAUAACACCGGCUAUUCAUGUUCCGCUGCCUGCUGUGAGCUUGUCCGAGGACCCGAAAUCAUCAUUUACUGGAGGUACAGAGCUUAAGGAAGUUGGCAAACAUGAUUCAGAUAUGCAGCUUCCCAUGACGCAGACUGUUCGUGUUCAGCUGCCUGCUCUGAGCUUGUCCAAGGACCCCGACUCGGCAUUUGUCGGAAGAACAGAGCUUAAGAAGGUUGGACAACUUGAUUAUAGCCACGUUGGAUUUCCUCAGGAAAGUAUCCUGCUCUCAGCAAGCAAACCUUCACACCCAAGCGGUUUGCCAGUUAUGAAGUUUGAUGACGAGGUGGGUUCACGGUCUAAGAAGCGGAAAAGGUCAACAGCAGAUGUUUUAGCAUCGCAUGCACAAGCCAUGUUCGAGGGUGGGAGACUGCAAUGUAGAAGGACACCUGAGUUGGCUUGGACCGAUUCCACAUUGACUGAGAAGGUUGACGGUGAAAAAGCAAUGACGGAAAAUAGCACCUUCGUUUCUCGAGCUCGGAGAAGACUUACUUUAACGACCAGCUUGAUUCAGUGUCUCCUUCCUGCUCUGUCAGCGAGACUUCUUGCAGCAAAAGUUGCUGAUUGCGGUGAAGCCAUUGUGUACCACAUUUGUAAACUGAUGCUCAAUGAUAUAUCUGACCCAGUUCAACCUUUUGCCAGCGACACCAAUAACUUCAUGCAAAGUGAAAACAUGCCACCGAACGAGACAAGCACCUCCGGAAAGGAGGAGGACUGUAAACUCUUAUCUGAGGUUCUGGAAACCUUCGAUGCGAGGCUUGGCGGGCUACAAGGCUCCUUGUCAAGAGUCGAGAAGUUGCCCAGCUUCCAGGACUACGCGUCGGCGCUACACCAAAUCGAGCAGUGGGCCAUGACCCAUCAGUUCAUAAAGCUGAACGAAUACAAGAGACUGCACGCCGGCUACGGCUCUGGUCCUAAAAGGCCUCUCUGCGUCGGAGCCAUCCGGAAGCAUGCCGGAGGUUCUUCCGCUCCGGUCUCAGAGCUGAAAAGGGUCCGGUGUCGCUCACUGAAGUAG